GAGCGAGAGUGCACCUCGUGGGGGGAAAGUAACAGCACCUUGUGAAGAGAGGGAUGGAAAGAAAACUGUAUCAUUGUCAGUGAACAUGAGCCUGACUUGCAAACUUUGCUUCUGAUGCUACGCUUCUGAAACGCGUUCACGCGCCGACAGUGACGGCGGCAGGGAAGAGUCUGGUGAAAGGAUGCUGAGAUGAAUUCGUUCUUGGCGAUAGUCCUGCUCAAACUUUGGGUGAUAUUCUGUAGUCGCUGCGACGUGUGAUCGUCGGCACUCUAAAUUCUGCAGGGAUGAUUUUUGGUGGAGUAUGUCAGGCGGUACGUCGUGGUUUUUGCCAUGCCCCGAAAGUUGGGGUGACGAAUUAUGACAAGAGGGGUUGAGAAUAUUUCUGGAAGGUCUAAUAUGUCUAAUUCGACGGUGGUGGCUCCAGCCAAAGCUAUUGUUAAUGUGUCAGCUGCACCUCCAGCCACUACCCCAGUCCUGUCUCCACCUCCUGCAUAUCUCGUGCCCUCUGCAUCAUCUCCGGAGGGGACGUUGGUCAUAGCCAAAACUCAAUCGUCAGACAUCUCAUGGAUUGCCAUAGUAGGUGUGCUCGUAGCAUUUCUCGUGGUCGCAGUAAUAACCCUCAUCUGGUUCUGGUACAAGAAACGAGAGUACAAGAAAGCCUUGCAGGAGCAUAGGGAUCUCUACGAAGAAAAUGAGGCCAACUUCAAUCGUGAAGGCGAGGUUGAUGAGGAACAAGGAAUACCAAGCAAGACAGGACAGAAGAUUCUGUCAGAUUUUGAGCGAGCGCUUGCGAGUCAGUCGGCGUCGAAGAAGUUCGAUGGAGGAGAUGAUGGGGAUGACGCAACAUCUGGAGCGAGAAUUGUGGAGCAGGGCAUACCUGUCUACACGAGGGACAAGCAUGUGGUCGAGGGUUUCAGGAAGAAGGACUCAGGGGGGUUUAGGAACAAGGUCUUACCGGGGGAUUUCAAUUGGAAACAGGAGGAGAAUUUCUCUGACGAACUGUUCUACAAGGGGGAGAAAAUGGGAGUGCGAUACAGUAGAGCAGAACUAGGUAACAUUGAUUUUCUAACCAAAAUACCUUCGAGCGAAAAGGUUGCUUCGAAGGUUGGGCGUUCGGAGAGCGAAUCGGCGAGUUUACUGGGAACUCUCAACAGAUCGCACACCAUUGCUGCAUCACCAGCCAGAGAGGAGGAGCGGAGUAAAAUUGGAUGGAAAUCACGAACACUAUCACUUCCCGCUUUCCACCAUAGAUCAUUGCAAGGGUCACGCGACACAAGCGUAAACAUGAAAGGAGAAAAUAGGGCGGAAGCACCGCGCACAGUCAUUUUCCCUCUUACGCCGCAUCCACAUGCGUUGCCAUCUUCUCCCUCUCAUAGAUACUCUUCCACUGCUUUUGGUGACAAUCUCGCUCCUGCACCGCUGGCUCGGGUAUCAUGUUGGAAAGCGUCUCGGCUGUCUGUUCAAAGCAAUGCAGCUUUGAAUAACCCUACUUUCAUUGUUCCGCCUUCCACCCCUCCCCCCCUACUGCCGCUUCCUGCGACAUUAGGCGAGGCAGAUGAGCAUGGGAGAACAUUGAAAGGAUCUAAGAAGGCGGAAUCGAAGUGGGCGAUUGCAAGUUAUUGCCCCUCUACUCCCCCACCUCCUAUUCCUGUUCCAUUUCUGUCUCCUCUUGCUCCUCCAUCUCAGGAACACACCCAAUCUCUUCUUCUUGCCACAUCUCUUACUCUAUCCACAUCUCCAUCUUCCCCAUCUUCUACACUUGGUGCAGAUGGAUCUCCUUCUUCGGGGUUGUCGCAUGCAAAUUUCAACGAAGGUGGAGAUCUUUCGUCUCAGCCACCUCCCCCACCUCCUCCGCCCCCUCCACCAUUGCCAACUCUCUCCUGCAGGAAGUUCAUUAAUCUUCCAGCUCCGGACGACCCGAUGAAACUCACACCACCACCAUCUCCUCCAUCAAACCCGCACGAGGAAAGAAAGCUCACACCGCCUGUAUCUCCGGAAUGUCCACAGGACGGGAGGAAGAUUACACCGCCUCCAUCCCCUAUACCUCCAUUCCCAACUCUGCCCCGCAAGAGUGUCACUCCACCUCCAUCCCCUCCACCCCCUGUAAUGCCGAGUAGUGCAUCGAAACCAAAGCUGGCUGCAUUGAUACUACCUGGACGACCUGAUCUUGGAGCUGAUAACGUAGAGGGUUUUAGAAUUAAUCGUCGCUCACCAAAACAGCCGCAGAAGAUGCGACCUCUCCACUGGGAAAAGCUCAAACCAGAGUCGCACAAAUCAAUGGUGUGGGACAAUAUCACCAACUCAAUGGAGCUUGAUGAAGAAAUGAUCGAACAUAUGUUUGGUGUGACAACUAGAGCCUCCGAAGACGAAGGUCCCAAGCAGUCUGCGUCUACAGUUACAAUUGAGAGGGCUGAAAUGCUUUAUCCAAGAAAAGCUCACAACAUUGCCAUUCAGCUUCGUGCGCGGGGAUUAUCAAGAAUAGAAGUUCGCAAUGCUUUACUAGAGGGCGAGGGUCUGAGUCAGGAGAUCUUGGAGCUCCUUGUGAAGAUGGCUCCCACGGAUGAUGAGAUGACUAAGUUUCAAGGCUAUCACGGUGACCCAACAUUACUUGGUCCCGCAGAUCGCUUUGUGCAGGGAAUACUUCAAAUUCCGAGUGCUUUUGAGCGCCUUAAUUCUAUGCUAUACAGGGCAUCGUUUAGCGAAGAGCUUACCCAACUUCAAUGUACAAUAACUACACUCGAGAUGGCCUGCAAGGAGCUGAAGAGUAGCCGCACCUUCACGAAACUGCUGGAGGCAGUCUUAAAAACAGGAAACCGGCUCAAUACGGGAACGUUUCGAGGGGACGCCAAGGCUUUCAAGUUGGACACUCUACUGAAACUCGCGGACGUGAAGGGAGUAGACGGGAAGACGACACUAUUGCACUUCCUUAUCAAGGAGAUCGUCAAAGCAGAAGCCUUUCGAGCUGCACGAUUAGCCGGUUUCCACGACUCUUCCACACCAUCAAGCACAUGGAGCUCACUGUGCCCGUCUCCGACCUGCACAUCUCCUUCCUCUCCUCUUUCUCAUUUCGCAAGAGGUAUGGAAGCUGAGCUGAACAGAUGUCAGAGUGAAAUUAGCAACAGCAGCAGCCUAGGCGGCUUCCGGAGAAUAGGAAUGGAUGUAGUGAGAGGAAUUCCAAAUGAGUUAGAUCACGUCCGGAAGGCCGGCGGUAUGGAUAUCUCAACAAUAAGGCUCGGUGUAAGUAGGCUCCAAACGGGACUCCAAGACAUGAAGACGACGCUGGAGAAACUGCAUGAACCUAGUGAGGGGGUCGGAAUCGGAAUUAGAACCACAACGUAUGACCUAACCGACGAUGUGUUUAGCGACAGAAUGGCGGGCUUCGUUGAGGACGCGGAGGCAAAAUUGAGUGUGAUUCAGAAGGAUUUAGAGAUAGUCUUAGCGAGUGCAAAGGACAUUAGUGUAUAUUUUUACGGAGAGGCAGACACAGCGAAGAGCACACAGCCCUUGAAAGUAUUCAUGGUCAUGCGAGACUUUCUUGCAAUGUUGGAACAAGCUUGUGAAGACGUGAUGAAGGGCAAUGCUCCUCUGCCACCACCAUCAACAGGACCGUCGAGACGCAAUAGUUUGACUCUGCCGAUGUAGACGACCGAUCUCAGCUGACGGAGCGGGCUUUUUCGACGCGGCUUGUAGAUAAUCAUUCUGGAGCCUCAUUCUGGCUCUAACAGCGGCCUUGAUUUUUGUACCAUUUUUUUUUUUUUUUUUUU